UUUUUUCUAGCAAUUAUUGCACUUGGAACUCAUGAAAAUUGGCGUGUUGAUUUAAUAGCCGAUGUGCCUAGAACUGCUUUACCUGACCGUUUUGAGGCUGAAUUAAAUGAAUUAUUGCCUGAUAUGAAAUGUAUUCUUUCUUAUGGGAAUUUUCCUGGUGAAACUGAUCUUUUUGUUAGAGAGAAGUGGAGACAUAUGAUUACUGAUUUAUUUACCGUCCUUUUGCUUGGAUUUCGUGAUUGUUGUGAUCAUUUACUUAAAUUAAAACCCCAAAAAAGUCGCCAAAAUCAACAGAAAAAAAUUUCAACGCAAUCAACAUCCUCAACAAUAAAAUCAAUUCAAAGGCCCACAACUCUUUCAGCAGAUACUUCUUUAAUUUCAAAUGGAUCUAUUGAAUUAGAAGAAAAUAAUGAAACGAAAAAUAUACAAAAACAAACAAUUUCUCAGGAACAAUUAAGUAGACGAUUUUUGACAGUUAUUGCCAAUAUUGAAUUUUUACUUAACCAUUCUUUGUCGUCAAUAUGUCGUCGUUUGGGAGAUAAUGGACUUAAAUUUUCUGAGCAAGUGUUUAAACAUACAAAGGACAAAUUAGUAAUUUAUCGUUCUUCAAUAUUAUCUCAUUAUAUAAAAAAUAAAUCAACACAAAUCCAUUCAAUUAUUGAAUAUGCAAAUUAUCAGCAUUUACCAGAUGAUGAUGACGUUUCUGAAUUUGUUAAAGAAUUAAUGCUUUGUACAGUUUUUGUUCAAUCAGAAAUGGCUUCUUAUUGUUAUAAAUUUAUACAACAGGUGCUCGGUGAUCUCGUCAAAGUUGCUCUUGAACAUUUAUUUAAUGUUUUGGCUCGUGUAGAUUUUUCUUCUUCAAAUCAUUCAACACAAGUAAUUGUUGAUUUGACUGCUUUUGAGGAAGCUUUUCAAGGAUUUGUGACUACGGAUAUGAGUAAUGCCCUCAAAUCAAUUAGAGCACGUUUAAUGAAUCGUUUGGAUAAUGGAAUUUUUAAAAAUGCUUUAUUAAACUUCCGAUCACGAAUGGCGUUAACUUUGGAUAGUUUACAUCAAUGCCAAACAAAUUUAAAUGAUAAUAAUGAAGAUGGAGGAGGAGGAACUAGUGGUGGUGGUGGUGGGGAUAAUAAUAAUAAUUUGACUUAG